AUGAGUCGAUAUAAAUCAACAAAUAGUUCGCUUAAAAGUCAUCUAUCAACAUCAAGUCUUCCGAAAGAAGAAGUGAAUAUUGUUUUACUUGGAAAACAAACUGUUGGUAAAUCAGCAUUAGUUGUUAAAUAUUUAACUAAACGUUUCAUACGCGAAUAUGAUCCAUUUCUUGAAGACACGUACUGGAAACCAGAUGUUGUUGAUCAACAAGAAGUCCUUGUCAAGGUCAUGGAUACUUAUGGAAAAGAGGAUAAACGUUUACCUUAUUAUUUAAAAUGGGCCGAUGCUGUACUCAUUACAUAUAGUAUAACGCAACAAGAUAGUUUCGAAAUGGCACUUGCGUAUUUAGACGCGAUAAGUACCUAUUCGAAAAAUUUAACUGUAUCAACAAAUGAGCUUGUUAUUAUAUUACUUGGAAAUAAACUCGAUCUCGAACGGACUAGAGUCGUUCUGAAAUCCGAAGGCGAAUCAACAGCAGUUAAAUUUAGUUGUGCUUUUUGUGAAACAACAGCUGUUGAUGAUUACGAAUAUGUUCAACAGUUAUUUCAUCGUACUGUUCGCGAAGUACGAAAAGAACGUGAGCGUACGUUAAUUUCAAAUACGAUCGUCGAAGAGUCAAUAGCAACGGAAAUCAGUUCAAAUACGAAUUUUCCGUCUCCAUCAUCUUCUCAAUCAUCGAAUUCAUCAGUACACUUCUCAAUACCGAAUGAAACAGAAAAAAUUUCACGAUCCACUAUUCCACUACCACCACCAAUGCCAGCGAAACUUGCACAUAAGGCAGCACGAGCAGCUACAGUUAUGAAGCCUGAAUCUCAACCGUUAAUUAGUUCAUCGAAUAAAAGUUCAUCACUUUCAUCAUUAAAUAAAACAGGUUCAUUGCCAUCAGUGGACUCAUCAGCAACAUUAUCAUCGACAACAAUGCCAAAUCCUUCAUCGACAUCAUCGCCUACUAAACGAACACCAUCGAAAACAUCUUCUGUAUUUUCAAAGAUUUUUAAAUAA